UCACCUGGUGAAAGAUGGUUCAAUUGGUUAGAACGCAAAUUUAUUAACCGCAAGGUCCGUGGUUCGAACCCAACCUCCGUCUCUCAACUUCCCAUGUCUAGGCCUGGGCAACCUGGCAGUAAUCCAGUCCUCGUGCUUUUUUCGAGUAGAGUAGCAGCUAGGCAACGGAAGGGUGUUACAGCUGAACGAUUUCCUAUACGUAGAACCCAAAUGAAUCUCUCGUUUAAAAACACCUUAAAAGAGGUAUUCACCUGGAAUCCAGUUUGUGUUCAAGUAGAACACAAGAUUGACGGAAACGCGGGGACUGCACCUAACCUGAUGUGCUCCAAGAAGGGUGAAACCGGUAGAACACAUGACGGAAACGCGGGGACUGCACCUAACCUGAUGUGCUCCAAGAAGGGUGAAACCAAGGCACUUCGACAGCCCAUGACCGGUUUCGCCCCUCUUGGGGCUCAUCAAGUAGGUGCAGACCCCGAAUUUUCACUCAACCUUAUGUUCUACUUGAGCACAAAUUGCAUGAAAUACACUACUUUGCAUGCCAGUUUUGUUUUGAUGGGAGACUUACCUGGACCCCAGCUGAAUCUCUCAUGGUUCAAUUGGUUAGAACGCAAAUUUAUUAACCGCAAGGUCCGUGGUUCGAACCCAACCUCCGUCUCUCAACUUCCCAUGUCUAGGCCUGGGCAACCUGGCAGUAAUCCAGUCCUCGUGCUUUUUUCGAGUAGAGUAGCAGCUAGGCAACGGAAGGGUGUUACAGCUGAACGAUUUCCUAUACGUAGAACCCAAAUGAAUCUCUCGUUUAAAAACACCUUAAAAGAGGUAUUCACCUGGAAUCCAGAUCCCAGCUCACACAGAAACUUGCUUCUGGUCCACCGGAAGAUAAAGGCACUUCGACAGCCCAUGACCGGUUUCGCCCCUCUUGGGGCUCAUCAAGUAGGUGCAGACCCCGAAUUUUUACUCAACCUUAUGUUCUACUUGAGCACAAAUUGCAUGAAAUACACUACUUUGCAUGCCAGUUUGGUUUUGAUGGGAGACUUACCUGGACCCCAGCUGAAUCUCUCGUUUGUGAACCGAAACUGGAUUAUGAGGUGGCCUGGUGCAGCGCAUUCAGUUUCUUAUAAACACUAUGAAACAGAGAUGAAGCUGAUUUCCAGGCGAGCCUCUCGCGAGACUAAAUUAGUUUGCAAA